AAUGUAUGUAUAAUAUGAAAACCUAUCUGGCAGCUCAGUUGUUUGGAACAAUUACUGUCUGUGAGUAGUUACUAACAAUAGCGUUGUUGGAAAUGCUAAUGUGCUGCUGACCAUUAAUCCCACUGUGUUUAUUGCUUUGGUGGCACAGGUUUGGUUUGCCUUUUCACAAGGAAGAAUACAGCUGAACAUUUCAGCAAGGAGACAUACACAAGCUCUGUCGUGCAGCUUUUUCCAGCUCUCAUUGAUCUUAAUGAGACUAGUCAUAUGAAUAGGAGCGACUCGUGUCAGAAAGGAUUUUUUGGCUGAAACUCACAAUUUCUAUUUAUUUGAUGUGCCUCCGCAGGCUUCAGAGUGAAGAGCUCCUGUUGUUGCUUUUGGCAGUGGGGAAUAGCUGCAGAAUGGGGUGUCCCACAAGAUGGUCUCAUUGUCUUGCCUUUGCUCUUUAUGCAGUCUACUCUUGUUCAGCAAUUAAUAAGAUGGAGUAUUUGGUGAUGGGAGAAAACUACUGGCAUGAAGCUACAGCUAACCAGGAAUAGCACUGAAGAGCUGAUCUGUUGGGGGAAAAACAGAAGGAGGACUCUGCCACUGGGGAGAUUGGCUCUCCAAGGCAGUGGACAUGGCCCCAAGUUCAAGGAGAGUCUGGAGAAAGCUCUCAGUCAGAGAGUUUGAUUUUGGGUAGGCCUGCAUGGAGCCAGGGGUUGGAUUCCGUGAUCUUUAUAGGUCUCUUUCAACUCAGGAUGUUUGAUGAAUUUGUAUGAUUUCACAUGCAGCCUUGCAGUUUGUGGGAGGGAGAGCACCCAUCAGAGGUAGGAGGUGUAGGUAUGGUGGGCCCAGCAUUCCCCUGAAGCUGCCAGGGGUUGUCUCCUUGCUUGGCUGCUCCUGCUGUGCCAAGUGGGCACCCAGUAAUGGAACUGGGCAGGCUCUGCCCAUCACCUGGGGAGCUGCAUGAGCCCUCAUUGUGAAGGGUGCUGCAUCUCCCCCAUUGUCACCGCCUUGGAAUAAGUCAGAGGCAUCAUGUGUGAUGUUUCUCAGGCAAUGCUAUCUAGAAAGGAAACAAUUUUACACAUCAGCAGUUUUUUAUGAUUAAUAAUAUUAUCCUGCCUUAAUUGAAAAAUGGGUUGGGGCCCUUAAGAAAAAAUUAAGCUGCAGGAAUUAGAAUCUAACCUCUUUAUGAUGAAUGUGUAUUUUUACGCGCCACAUAUUGCUGUCAGUGCUUUUAGAAAUAAUAGCGUGGUAUAUUGUAAUAAAGAAUUGUCCCGUGUUGUUUGUAGUUGCGUGGCACCAUUCUGUCUGCCUGACUUGACUUUAAGAGCUCGGGUAGAAUCCAUGGGAGGGUGCUGAAAUCCUUUUAGAGGGAAUUUAUGUACAAACAGCAGAGCGAUGUGUAGUCUCCAGGCUUCGCUAUCAGUUGUUAUUGCUGAAAGAUAUUCACAGGGAGCUAAUGCCAGACAUAGCAUUAGCUAUCUUCAGCCUCGGUGCCUUUGUGGAAAGUUGGUAAUAAAAUGAGAGAGGGCUCCCGUCGGCAUGAUUCUUAAACAUCAGUGAAUCAUCUUAUGCAGCGAGGCAGUUGCUGCUGGGGUGAGUGUGUGCAGGGGUCUUUGUGAACCACGUUCUCUACCUAAAGAGGUAGAGGGGGAGGGAGCAAACCUGCUGCUGUCUAACCCGGCAUGGAGCCACAGCCGCCUUCCCUAUGGAGAACCACAGCUUCAGCAGCAGCUGAGGAGAGAAGCUCUGAAAGCAGGUAAAUAUGGGAGAUGUGAGCGUAGCACCUUGAAAUAUAGACACCAUAUUCCCCCCACCUAGAGCUUUCAGAUACUCCCGUCAGCUGAAAUACUGCUAACCCAAACAUUCGAACAUGAUGAGUCAAAUCUCCCUGGAAACCAAGCAGAGAAGAACCCGCAUGUGUGGAGUCGCUGGUGCUGGUGUUUGUCUCCGACAGACAGCAUAGAAGCUCUCCUCCUCCACCUCCUCCUUCCUCAGGGACACAGCAGAGCGGUAAGGAGGAAAGGCCAGGCUGGCAGCGAAGCAGGGGAUCGUCGGCUGUGGGAUGCUCACCCAAGGGCUCCGCCAGGAUGAAAGGCCAAGCGAUGUCGGUGCCGGAGCCCCUGGCAGCCCCAUCCUGCUGACGGCGAUGUGAGCGUGGCGUUGCGGAGCCCCAAAGCCCUGCAAGAUGGAGGAACUCUACAAGGAGACUCCCAACCUGCCCAUGGAUGUCACCAGCCCACCGGCGGCCAUGGCCAACAACAAGCUGGAGAACGGCGUGGCCCAGCUGAUCACGGCAGAGGCCUGGAACAUCAAUUCAGCUGACCUGAUGAAGAAGGCCCUGUCCCCGCUAGUGACCGUUCCUGCUCCCUCCAUCCUGACACCACCGGCUGAGUCACAGAGCGGGGUGGCACUGAAGGUGGCAGCCACUGUGCUGCAGCCCAUCUGCCUGGGGGACAGCCCCGUUGUCCUGCCUAUCCACCUGCAGGUGGCUGGCAGUGCCGCCCCGCAGAUGCCGGCCAGUGGUGCCACCCCAUACGUCAUGACUACGCAGGGCCCCGUCCCGCUACCAGUCCUGCUGGAACAGCAUGUUUUUCAGCACCUCAACUCGCCCCUGGUGCUGCCCCCCGGCACUGCCUGCCCUGCCAGCCCCCUGCAUGGUGGUCUCUUCCCAGGCGCCUCUAACCCUGUCGGCCAGCCCCAGCUCCUGGACCCCAAACCCUCGGGCCCAGGCCAGGAGCCUGUGCUGCCACCUGUCUUUCAGACACCGGGUUUCGCUGCAGUCCUGCAGGACCUCUUCCCUUCAGGGCAGGGUGCCCUGGGCUCAGCCCCCUGCCAGCCCCCUCCUGACUAUGCUGCCCUCCCGCCCCAGGCCUUCAGCUCACCCCUCUCCCCACUGGUGCCCCCUGCCACGCUACUGGUGCCCUACCCUGUCAUCGUGCCCCUGCCCGUCCCCGUGCCCAUUCCCAUCCCUGUCCCCAUCCCCAUGCCCCAUGGUGCUGAAGGCAAGGUGACCCCCGACCCACCCAAGCCCCCACUCUUCACCCCGCAGCCCUGCAAGGGCACCCAGACUCCUCUGGAGAAGGAGGAGACGAAGCCCUUUGACCUCGUCCACCAGCGAGACUUCUCCCAGCUAAACCGCCACACUGUCAUCAAGAUGGGCAGCGAGAAUGAGGCGCUGGACCUCUCCAUGAAGGGCCCGCCCAUGCCUCGGGCCUGCGAGGCUGCCCCACCACCACCAUCCCCUGAGGACGGGGCACUGGACCUGUCACUCUCCUCGUGCCGCAAGCCAGGGGGUCCCCACGGGGAGAUGGCCGGCAGCGGGCCCAGUGCGGAGGGCAGCCCGCAGGACAAGCCAGCCACCCCCUUCACCCCCUCCAAAGCGCCAGAGGCUGCGGGCAAGGUGGAGGGCAGGGUGGUGGGGCCGGGGCCAGGUGAGCUCCUGCGGCCGCCACAGAAGUGGUUGGUGGAACCAGCCGGGAGAGCGGCCUGCGAACCCAAGGCUGGUGGCAACAACAUUGAGAUCGUCAGCACCUCUCAGACAGCCAAAGUCAUCGUCUCCGUCAAGGACGCCGUGCCCGCCAUCUUCUGUGGCAAGAUCAAGGGCCUGUCGGGGGUAUCCACCAAAAACUUCUCCUUCAAAAGGGACAUGCCCCAGGACUCAGUGCUGCAGUGCUACGACGUGAAGAGCCAGCCCGAGCCCCGGGAAAACGCCGAGGCGCUUAGGAAACCCGUAAAGAACAGGAGCGUAAAGCUAAAGAAAAUGAACUCGCCCGAAAUACACAUUCUUCCAAUAAAGAAGCAACGGCUUGCGGCCUUUUUUCCAAGAAAGUAAAUUAUGGGUUUUUAGAAUUUUAAGAUUAUUAUGGAAAAAAAAAUAAUAAAAAAGAUGCACUUGGUUUUAAACUCAUUUAAAACUUUAAACUAUCUUUGUAAGUUAUUUUUGGGGAAGGGGGAGAGGAGCAGAUGUAGAGUCCCUAUAAGCUGGGUUUCUUCUCUUUUUUUUUUGUUAUUAAAUUUUGACUUUUCGUGGGAAACUGAAUAAAAGCAACCUAUUUUUCAAGCAGAUUGCACAUUUUGCAGCUUUAAUGGAGUAACGGAUGAGUCAGAGGGGUAAGAGCUAUUUUCACUGCCAUAAAGUGCUUUGAUGAUGUAAUUCUUCAUAAUGGUUAGAACGGAAAUUUCAAAAUAAAUGUUUGUACGUGCUAA